CAUGCGCUAAAAGCAAAGCGCCGUACGCGCAAAGGCGCUAUACCGGGGUAUCUGGCUGCCCGCGGGGGCCGAGAGGCUUUGUAUUGAUCCACAGAAGAGAAGGCCCCACGGGCGCAGCGCUCGCUCGCGGCAGAGGCACUGGCAUAGAGCCCUGUUGGGGGCAGCCCAAGAUGACCUCUUUACUAGUAGAAUGGGUCAACGACGAGCUCCAGCUCGAGCCGCCCUUGACGGAGGAAACGCUGGCCGAGGAACUAGGUUCAGGCUUCAUCCUUGGGGCUUUGCUCCAUCGACAUAACCAGCUCGCCGAGCAUGAAAGGCUGAGGAGGAGAGACACGGCCGACGCGAGGAUCGAGAAUUUUUGUGUUUUAGAGCCGACCCUAGCGUCACUCGGUGUCCGCUUCGACGCGAAUGCCGCUCUUGGUAUCAUGAACGCGAAACCCGGCGCCGCAGCCAUGGUGCUCUACCAAUUGAAAGUGCAACUAGAAAAAUUAACGAAGGAGGCCCAGCCCGUGUCGCUACGUGAACGUAGGGACGGCGUGCGACCGCUGCCGAACAUGCCCAAGAAGCUUAAGAAGGCACAAUUUGAUCAAGCACGAGCGCAGCUCUUCGAGGCUCAAAUAAGGAGUAAAGCCGAGAACCCGAACAUCACGAUGGAGCGCAAAGUUUUAGCUAGAUUUGGUGAACUAGCGGAAAGAGAGGCUCAGAAGAGGGUGCGCGAGCAGGAACGCUCCUUCGCACUGCUAGAUCAGCACCGCGAAGCCACGCGCACCAAAAGAAUCUACGAGCGCCAGCAGGAGGCGGCCUUCCUCCAGGCCUGGGAAGCUAGAGGAUUGGAGCACUGGGCCGCGAACCGACGUGAGAGGAAACACAACGAGAAAAGGGACGAGAUUUUCGAGGAAAAAGAGUUAAGAAAAGCCGUUUCCAGAGUCGAAAAGCGCAUUCAUCGCGAAGCGACCUACGCCUUUAAUGAAUUAGAUAACUUCGAGCGGCGCUUGCAGGAGCAGAAGGCCCUGGAAGUGUCAGUGGCACCGAAGGCUGUAAGGGAUGUUGUGGAUCGGCGGGAUCCUCUAGCGGAAUCCGCUCGAGCUACGGCGGCCGUCGUGGACAUUGGGAUUGGUGUCGGGUCGGAGGAGAUGGAGCGAGAUGUGGUCUUAGAUGCUCGCGCGUUACGAGCUGAGCGCGACGCGCAAGAUGCGGAUAGGAGAACCGCUCUAGCUGAACGACAACGCAGGGAAGACCAACGGUCCCAGCGAAGGAUGCGCUUCGUCACGGAGCGGGAGGCGGCUCAGGUCCAGGAGUACCACGCGCACCGAGCCGCGCACUUGCAAGCGCAGCUCACGAAGACCUGCGAUGCUGAUAAAAAGCAGGAAGAGCAUUUGGCAUUAGUAGCGAAGCACAAAGCGAGGAUGGCUGAAAGUAGAGCUUUCCGGGAGGCCCAAUACAAGACGCGACGAGACUUGGACACCGAGGAUUUUUUGCGGAGGGACCAGGAGCGAUUGGACGAGGACAUCCGCGCUUAUAAUGUAGAUGUGGAGAGUAGUGCUUUAACGGCGAAGGCCUUCGUCGACGCAUCGACGGCUGCUUCCGACAAGUCCGUUCAUGAGUUGUGCUCGCACUUGGUGCAUCGCAUCGCGCGGGGCGCUCUUGAAAUAGCUUCGUUGCGAGAUGAAGAGAGAGCCGGUGUCCCGGAACAGCAGCAACAAUCCUUCGAGGCGACGCAUUCGUUGCUCGAGAACGACGGGGACCCUUGUGACCCGGCUACGUUCCGGGACCAUGCGCGAGUCAUCUGUAGAAUAGACGGCGCCAUGCUCGGCUUUGAGUACACCGAAGAUGACGACAUGGAUCCCUUAGAAAGGGCCUUCACCGAUCAAACGACCCAAUCUCUAUGUGCGCCGGAGACGUACGACCGAGCCUCGGUACCGCCGCGGUGGGACGCUGGCGAUAAGUUGGAGGAGAAAGAGUCAGUCCAAGACGUCUCGGAUAAGUUAGAUACGUGGGACGCCCAAGAUUAUAUCGGUAAUGCACCGCCGUUCCACUUUUCUCCUGCGAUUGCCGAGGCCGAAGUGAGGGGCAUCACCGGCGAGCUAACGGGGGCCGCGAAGCGGUGGAAGGGUACGGACGAGGACGAGGAGGAGGCCGAUGAUAGUUUCGGGGCCCUGCGGCGCAAGCAGCAGGCACUGCUGGAAGCGGCGGACGCGGCCGCGGCCACAAAAACGGAAGCCUUAGCUACGAUGGGCGAGAAGCGCACGGCCGAACAUUCACUAGGUGAAGCCAUUUUAGAUUGUCGGUUCGCGGCGGUUCAUGAGGAAGCGGAAGAGGAAGCAUUUGUUGCGCCUCCGGAGUUCCCGCUGCGCAUCUGUCUGGCCGGCAGAACUUUUGCGGGCAAGUCGGAACAAGCUUCUAGACUCGCAGAUCGCUUUAGAUUGAAGGUCCUGAGUGCCGGUGGGUUGCUAGAGAGAGCUUUGCAACUCGCGGAGGACGUGACGCUCGGGAAAGCACAAGGGUCUGAACUAGCUACAUUGGGCCGGCAAGCUACGCAAUUGUUGAAAGAGGGCCAAGCAUGCGAUGAAGCAACAUACGCGGCACUCAUCGUGGCGGGCAUCAAAGAAAUCGCCGAGGAGAAUCAACAAAUAGAAGAGGCAAACGCCAAGGCCCAGGAAAAAGACGCCAACACCCUAGCCCUCGAAGAAUACUUGCGGGAGGUUUUUGACAGGUGCGACAGCGAUGGCGGCGGCGACAUUUCCAUUGCCGAGUGCAUAGCAGCUUUGAAGGGUGACGAGGACUUUGCCGAGAUAUUGGGAGUGGACAGGGAGUCGUUCCUGGACGUGAUUUGGUCCAUGGAUGCCGACGGGGACGGCACGAUUAGUUGGGACGAAUUUAGAUCAUGUGUACUCAAUGAACCUGAUGUGAUAGAGCCCUACAAUGGCUGGGUCCUGGAGGACUAUCCUGAGACCGUGGCGCAGUGUUCUGCGCUGGAAAAAGCUUUGACGGGCUAUGAUUCAGCUAAGAUCAUCCAUACGAGGUGGGACCACCCUUCUGAACUCGCUUCCAUUGCGCCUCCACCGGUCGCGAAGUACUCCGGGUUCCUACCCGACGAGUGCCCUUCACAGAUUGCAUCGGGCGUCGACCUCGUGUUCCACCUCCCCGUUGAUCAAGAUCAGGUCUACAGGAGGUGUCUGGGAAGAAGGAUAGACGACCAGGUGCCUGACGCUGAGUCGACGGUUGACGAAUACGCCGGUGCUGCCGUCAAGGACGAGCGCGCCAUGCGGGGCGAAUACCAUCUUGAUUCUAAUUUACCGGACUACGGGGCUCCUUGUAAAGCUAGGUUGCGGAAAGUCGAAGAUCCGCAGAAUCCUACAGCCAGUCUGCCUUUCCAGCUGGAGUCGCAUGAUUCUCACUGGAAGUCGUUGUCAGAGUUCCUGGAGCGGUUUGGCAAUUUAAGGGAGGUUUCGGCGUCGGGACUGACGGAGGAGGGCGCCUUCGGGCAAAUAGUUCCUGUGGUGGACGAGAUGCUUUCGGUGCGCUCGGCAGCGGCCAAGGAGAAGAAGGCUCUGAGAGAUGCGCAGGUCGAGGCUUAUAAUAAAGUAGUGGCCGACUUGACGGCUGCGAAAGAGGCGGCAGAGGCCGUAUUGGCGGAAGCGGUCGCGGCGGCACCCGCGCCGGCCGAGGAGGCGGAGGCGACGGAGCCUGCUGAUGAAGCGGUCGCUGAAGCGGAGACCGCCGUCCAGGAGGCCGCUUCCAAGCUCGCAGACGUGGAAGAGAAGGGCCCGUUUUACGAGGAACCUGUCGAAGAGUCAGUAGUAGAGGACCCGGACGCGCUGACGCCCCUGUCGAAGGAGGCGGGUUCCGUACUGAGUGAGAUGUGGGACGGCGCGGAGCAGCAGUUCUUUGACGGUGCGAAGAAGGCCUUCCGCUCGCUGAGAGAAAUGCGUGCUCAGACACGAAGGCAGCAUUAUGUGUUGCGCCAGGACUUCGUGCGGUAUUUGGCGCGGCCCGACGACCGCCAGGACCUCCUCAAAGCGUUCGUCGAGGAUUUCAACUCCAGUAUACCGAUGGACAUGCGCGUGCAGGACGAGACCAAGGCGGAAUUGCACUUGAGAGCGGUCGAGUUACAUGAAAAAUUGAAUGAAGUGCAAGCGGCGCGGGAGACGCAAGCGAAGUCUCUGUGGGCCAAAAUAAGAUUAGAUGGGUCCCUGCAAAGCAGACAGGCUUGUCUCAGUAAGUCUUAUGCCUGUUUGGCGCAGUGCGAGGUCGACCGGACGCACGCGUCAUUGUGUCUACUGAAGGACUACUACGCGGCGUCCUAUCCCGUCGGGGAGUUCUCUCCAGAAGGGGAGGACGACGAGCCGGCCGAACGACAAAAAUUGAACGACGGCUGCGGCGCGCUCGCGAAGCGCACGGCCGACUUCGUUGAAGACGAGGAAGGGAAUAAGGCGCUGGAGGCUUCCGAGGACGCCCUGCCGCCGAACAUCCUCGAAUCACUAUUUGGAGACCCGUUUGUUGAGCAGACUGAGCCCGAAGAGGAACCUGAGGAAGAGACAGAGCCCCCGCCCGAGAUCACUCAUGAAAAUAUGAAUGAUGAAUUAACAGAAGCGGAGGACUGUCUCGGACCGGCGCUAGAAAGGGCGAGGACGUGGGCCCUGUCGUUUGCGGCUCCUGACAGCGCAGGUAAGGAUCCCAGUGGACAGCCUGGACUGAGGGAGGCCCUCUGGCAGCAGGCUGAACUGUUACUGGCGAGGUGUAAACGCAUCGAAGAUUCAUGUAGGAGAGAUAGGCAAGCCCUGGCGAAGAGGAGGGACCAAAUUCUACAGGAGUUAAAAGAUUGGACUGCUCAGAGGAUAGAGGCUGAACUCACUGUCAAUGAAGGUCUGGUGGAGUUGAUCCGGCAACACAUCGAGGAGGAACGACCGAUAGAAGACACGUGGGAGGUUUUAGGUAUAGUUUUAGUCGUGGAUGAGAACACGAAAAUAAUCCCGCUCCAAGACACGCUGUAUUGGAGAACGCACCCGCAAGCGGCUCAAUUGGUACAACACCCCGAGUACUGCGAGAACCUGCCGGAGCCGCCUCCAUUGCCCGUGCCUCCGGAUCUACCGGAAGAUCGUUUCUCGACGGCCCAGAAGAAGUUUUUGCGGGCGCAGCUCGAGGAUGCGUACUUAGCGUGUAGUCAGCAGGACAUCCCGCCGCCGCCCGGCUAUGGGUUGGAUGGACUGCCUUUACUACCUCCUGGUCCUUCCCUGAAACUCUGGGUCGACUCUUGUUCAGGGGCUGCUCAUGUGCGCGUCACUUUAUUACGGGAUGGGUUAGUGGUACCAGAAGGAGAUAGGUACUACUACGAGCCCUACGAGAUUGAGUGUGGCUCGAAAGCCAUGGUCGCGUCCUACAAAAUCCAGACCGCUGCCCAAGAUCUGAUCUCGGUCAGACUGGAGCUGCUGGGGGAGAAGCCUGAGGCUCCGGAGGCUACUGAAGGCGAGGAACCCGUCGUGGUUGAGGCGCCUGUGUUAUCUACAAUAACGCAGCCGCUCGUGUUCGAAGGAGGUUCGUUAACGCUACCUUUUGAGGUUGAGGAAGCACCGGAGGAGGAGGCAGAACGCCCCGCGUCCCGGGCCAGCCGCUCCUCGAAGGCCUCUGAACCAGCUGAGGAGGACGAGGACGAGGAGGAACCAGAGCCGAAGGAGAUUGUCCUGAGGUGGAACUUUAGAGAACCGGAGGAGCCCCCAGCACCGGCGCCGGCGCCCGCGGACGCCAACUUCCUGGCGCUCGAGGAGUACCUCAAAUCAAUUUUUGAGAGAGUCGACGCGGACGGUACUGGAGAAAUUAGUAUCGCGGAGGCCGUACGGGCGUUGGGGGAUGACGAGGAGUUCGCCGACAUCAUUGGAGCUGAUUCGUCCGACAACAUCUUGCAAGCGGUCCGACUGAUGGACGAGGACGGCGACUCGAAGCUGACCUGGGACGAGUUCAAGUCUGCGACGCUCGGAGAACCGAUGGCCGAGGGCGAGCCUCCUCAGAAGAAGUGGGUUACUAGGGAUGCAUUAGUGCACAUUCUUGCGAACGCGGCUUUACAUACGGAUAAGUUACCCGGACAGUGGCAGCAGAAGACGCGCUACUUUUUUGAAGAUGCCUUUUUGGCCCCUCAGGGUCCGUUGGACGAGGACCAGACCGGUAUCGUUUAUAUUGAGGAUGUUCUGUCUUUGGUCGAGUCUUGGGAGGUGUUGCCGGAGGUGCGCGAGAUGCCUCUCAAUGAUUACGUCGCUUGGACCGAUCCCAUCGCCGCGAAUCCCGCGGCGCACCCGCAGCUCGGCGCGGCGGGCAUCACCGUCGGUAGUACUGAAGAAGGCGGCGAAGUGACGUACGCGGAACGGGAGGAGGGCGCGGAAGAAGGUGCUGAUGGUGGAUACGUCGCAUCCGACGCCGAGGGCGGGUAAGGAGUCAAAAUACUAGGG